AUGCCGAACCCUAGGCUUUUUGGAGUGCUAUUUGGCUGCCUUUUUCUGAUGACUUCUUCGGCUUUCUCAGCCAGUCUCGGUGACUACGAGGAGCUGUGCCGGCUGUUCAAGAACGGCACCCAAAUCCGCAAGCCCGGCACCUGUGACCAGUACAUCCAGUGCUUCGAUGGCGAGGGCACCCUCCUCACCUGUCCCUCCGGCAAGUCCUUCGAUCCCAACAAGAACAGUUGUGUGGACACGCUGGACAGUAGCCACAAGUACUGCGGCAAUCGCUGUGAAGGAUUGGAUGGUCAGUGGGUCUCGGAUCCGACCGAGUGCCACAAGUACUUCUACUGUGCGAACGGAGUGCCGCUGGAGGGGAUGUGCCCUGUGGGUCAGCACUUCGCGGAGAGCUCUCAGUCCUGUUUGCACGGCUCGGACUCCCAUUGCGUGGAUGUGAACAACAUUUGCGAACUGGUGGCGGAGAAGACAAAGUUCCGCAAGGAGGACGACUGCAGCUACUACUACGAGUGCGAUAAGACCGGAAACCACAGCGCCCAGAAGUGCUCCACCUCCAAGAAGACCCUGUACUUCGAUGUGGAGAGCGGCAGCUGUGUGGAGCCCAACAAGGUGGAGUGCACCGCCCAUCCCAAGGACGGUGUGUGCUCCGUCUCCAAGACGAUCCAAUUCAAGUCGGAUGGUGCCACCUGCCGCGGCUACUUCGUGUGCCGGGCCCUCGAAACUGUCGUCGAUCUGGAUCCCCUGUGGCUGCAGUGCCCCGAGGGCUAUUUCUUCGACGCCGAUCUGCAGGUCUGCGGCAAGGCCACCUCGGUGGUCUGCACCCACAACAGGUGCGAGGGUCGCGGCACCAUGCUGGUCACCAGCAGCAGCAACAACUGCCACAACUUCAUCCGCUGCGUGGACAGCAAGGAGGUCGAGGAGGAGACCUGCCACUUCGAUCACUUCUUCGACGAGCGACUCGAGGCCUGCACGAGCACCAUCAUCUACGACAAGUGCUGCGAUGACCGCGACUGA